AGCGCACUCGCCACACCAAGCGCGUCCGGCAUAAACAAACGGAAGGUUCCGCCAAUCCGCUCCCUUUUGCCUUUUCAAACGGACGAGUCGCCGAGGCGACGCGCAACGCCUGUCCCGCCGUGGAGUGCAAGUGAGCAACUCUGCACCCCGCCCGUGUAUAUAUAUACAGCCAUGCACACGCCAAACCCAACAGCUACGCAGCUGCUAACUACUCCGAGAUUAAUCCCAGCUUCAUCUCCAUUGGUUUGCCUGCGAUCUAGAGUUCACCAGCUUCCUCGACUGGUUUCUCCCUUUCUUUCGUACAUGAAGCACCCGAGAGACGCCGGCGAGGUGACCCUCUCCCUCUCGCUGUCCCUAGGCGCCGGCGGCCUGCUCGAGCGCUUCAAGAAGCCGAGGCGCGGCGAGGGGGCGGAGGACCAGUUCGUGUGCAAGACGUGCAGCCGCGCGUUCGCGUCGUUCCAGGCGCUGGGCGGGCACCGCACCAGCCACCUGCGCGGCCGCCACGGCCUCGCGCUGGGGAUGUUGGCGCCGGCCAAGGCUGCCACUAAGGAGGAGAAGCCGGCGGCCGCCGCGAGCCACCGGUGCCCUGUCUGCGGGCUCGGCUUCGAGACGGGACAGGCGCUCGGGGGACACAUGCGCCGGCACCGCGAGGAGGCCACCGCCGCGGCCCAGGCGCCGCCCGUUCUCCUCCAGCUCUUCGUGUAGAAUUUUUUAGUCCACGCACAGACGACUUUUCUAGAUUAUUUCUUCGCAUUUGUUUCUGUAAAUUGUAGGGCACUUGUAGACAUUGAUGGCAUAUUGGCCCAUUCAUUCGUUCAUUCAUUUACCUGUACAUUUAAAGAUGAUUCUUAGUUAGUGACUCCGUUUCUUUGUUUUUA